AUGACGUUCAUCAUUGUUUGUCGUUCCACUCUCAUAAGGAUGGCUAGACUGAGAGCGGUGGCUGCUAUCAUCAUCUCGAGAUAUCGACUUUCUACAACACUCUUUAGCUUCCUCUGGCAGCUGCCUGCUCGCAGAUUGGCGAGUAUGACCAGCUCGUCAGUACAUAAGUCAUCAAACUCACGGAUACAAGUCGUUACAACUGCAAUGAGAGGUAGAUGA